AGAAACGCCGUAACAAUGACGUCUUCCUAAGUGGUAAUGGCGGCCUAUACAGUUUGUAAGUUGUGUAAUGCGACGGAGAGACGUUUAUUAGCAAAAUAGAAUAUAUGAACGAAUUGAAUGAAAUUACAUCGACAACUAUUGCAAAAUGUCUUCCAAAAGAGGGACUAUUGAUGUGAAAUUAGCCCGACAACGUUUAGAGUCUAAGCUCCAGAAUUUAAUCGAGAAGAAAGAAAGCCCAGCUUCUAGUGAACCUGACUGUGUUAACACUCAGCCUGAACCACCUCAGCGAUUGCCAUCACCACAACAAUCACCACGGAAAUCAAGUUUAUCCAAAGUCAGUCGGAAACGUAAAAGAAAAGAAGAUUCAGCAGGGUCAGACAUUGGACAGUAUCACCAUACUCAUGUGAUGAAAUUAUUUGAUCGGAGUGUAGACCUGGCUCAAUUCAAUGAAAAUACACCUCUCUAUCCGAUUUGCCGUUCUUGGAUUAAAAAUCAACCUCACAACAACCUAAAUAACCAAAAUCGCUCUUCUAGUCCUGAGUCAGAUGCACAAACUGAUGAAGAUACUGUAAAUAAAGAUGGCAAUAUAUACCACUUACCAUCUCCAAUAAAAAGAGAAGAUCAAUAUGUUGAUUUACGGAUUCCUUCUCCCAUUCCUCAAGCUUCAGGUAGACUAGAUAUUUAUGCUGAUCCUGACAAAGCUCCAUCUCAAGACGAUCUUUUAUUAAAUCACAUGACUCGUUGGAAGCGUAUUCGACACAAAUGGAAAGAAUCAUCCCGCCGAAACGAAAUGCAAUAUGCUCGGAGUUUGAAUAUGUUGAAAGAUAUGUUUGAUAGACAUCUUUGUAAGGAGUCAUGAUAUCAAAAUGGAAAAUAAUUCUUAUUUAGAAUUAUAUCUGUAAAAAAAAAAUUAAAAUUUUAUAUUUUUUUCUUUUCUUUAUCAGAAACAGAAUCAAUGAAUUUCAUUGCAUAAUUUAAAUGAAUAUUAACAGAGGCAUCAUUUGAAAUUUAUUGUCUAAAGUGGGUAGAACUCAUCAGGUAACCUUUUUUGAUGAGUGACCAAGGAAAUUGUGAUCAAACAAGUAAAAAGCAGAUAAACUUGUUGGGACAAAACCUUCUCCAAAUAUACUUGGCUUCAACUUCUAUAAAACAAGAGUUUAUGUUUGUCCUUUAUAUUUUUUUAUAAUCUGCUGUUAUAAAACAGAAAUUGUUCUUUAAACUCCUCUUGUAAAAUGUCAAAACAUUUUAUGACUGAAGAAAAAAGGUAUUCAUAUUUCAGUGUUCUCUUAUCAAUCAUUUGAUAAUAAGAUGACUAUGAAGAUGACGAAUUCAGUCAAAUCUGGAGCAGAAGACUUCACAAGAAUCGAUUCAUUAUGUCGCUGUUCAGGGUUUGAUUUUAUGCAGUCAACUUUGUCUUUAAUACAUCAAAAAAAGAGAUAAUACUACUUGUAUACUGGGGUUGAUUUAAAGGUGUCCCACUUCUGCUAAAACUGGCCUUGUGCUUAGUAAGAAAAAAAUUAAAAUCUGAUUAUGGAAGCGAAUUUAAUGUGCCACAAAAUAUGUUUUAAUGACUCGAGUGAUUAUCAGCUUGUCUGUAAAUGACAAUUUAUCAUGGUCUAAUGAUUUGAAGAAGACAAGUUGUUAGAUUUUUGCUAUAUCUUUAAAAUGCAUGCUUUCUAUCUAAAUAUUGUCAACAAUAAAAAAAAACGAAAACAAA